GCAGUCUUUUGUGAUGUCUCUGAAGUCUAGAAUAAUGUGGGUAUGUAGUUAGUGUGGCUUCCUGGUUAAUUUUAGCUCGGUUUCAAAAUGACCUAGUUUUAACUGCCAUCUAUUGGCCAAAUUCGCUAGUUCAAGUGGGAAAAAAACAAAAUAUUUCGUCUGCUUUUUGAGACAUUUUACCGGUUUGUUGAAGCAAUAUCUGACAUAAUCAACCAGAGUCUAAAUCAAAAGUGUGUUAUCUUAACAGCCAAGUGUUGAUUGCUCAAUCGAAAACACCUUUUUCAUGGAAAAAGAACGAAAACAAAAUGAUGUGCGAACUCAUGGCAAGCAAAUAUUUGUCUAUUUCCCUCUUUCUCCAUCGUCGGCAUCAAGUACUAUUUACGGUGCCGUGAAACCUAAUGGAAAUGAUAAUAAUUGCAUGAAUGUGUAUGUCGUUUCCUUUGAAGAAAAUGCCAAGCAUCAAUUUGAACUGCUCGGCACAUGGAACACUGACGACCUUCCAAGUGAUGAUAGUUCCUCGUGCUGGAUUCAGCUAGUCAAAGAGUCACAUUAUGCAAAAAUCAAAAGUGUUAUCAUUGGAGGUGUUUAUGUUCCCCCUUCAUGUGUCACAUUGAUUUUGUAUGAUGAAACUUUUCUUCAGUCAGAAAUUUUAGAAAAAAGUGAAGAUUGGAAAAAUUCAAAGUGUUUGUGCCAACUUGGUAGCUUCCUGAGGUUGAAAAACAAUGUAACUGUAGAUAGGCAUAAAGUUCCGAAUGAAAAAGUCGAAGAUUCUAUUUUCAAUCACUCCAAAGUUGUGCUUCAAUUACGACAGAGAGCUCUUCAGUGGAAAGCAUGGAGAAGAUCCAGCCCAGACCUUGGUUCCACCAACCUUCUAUGGAUGAUGGUUAUGGACCUCGUCCUUGGGUUUUGUUUUGUGAAAAUGUUUCACUCUCUUGGUGGAACAACCGAAGUGUUGGAAAAAUUUCUCAAAUCUGUCAAACUGAUUGCUGAUUAUCUACAGCUGCUGAUUGAGUGGCUAAUGGGGGUACCUGUUGGUCUAAAACUCAAUAGGCCUUUGUCGACUGUCCUAGGAAAAUUCUUUCUCUAUCACCUUUACUUAUGGAAGACAUACAUAGAUAUUAUCAGGCCUAUUGUGUCUACUGUUAUAUUCAUUUCGUCAACUGUUGGCUUAAUUGGGCUUUCAUUCCAAAUGGCUCUACUUAGUGACUUGAUAACAAUGGCCUCACUCCACUGCUACUGCUUCUAUGUCUAUGCAACUAGGCUUUACGGUGUUACCCUGAGUGGUCUUCGAUCAACAUUUCGAAUGUUUGGCGGACGUAAAUGGAAUCCACUACGUUCACGGAUUGAUUCGGGCGAGUUUUCGUGGGACCAACUUUGUGUUGGCAUGUUCAUCUUUUCCAGUUUGCUCUUACUCCUGCCAACCCUUCUGGUCUACUACAUCGUUUUCCUAGCUUUGCGGCUUUGCGUAUUGUUACUUCAAGGAACCCUAAAACGCUUUAUCUGGAUCAUCAACAGUAUACCUUGUUAUUCGUUGCUACUCUGGAUUCUUGGUUCACCAUCUCUAGCCGGGGAUGUCCUUUUCGAAGUAAUUCCCGGUAGAGAUUCUACGUUGAAACUAGUCUGGAUUAAACUUCCUCUCGUAGAGAGCAUGAUACGCUCAUUGAAUCCAUCCUCACCGAAAUAUCCUCACGUCAACUGGUCCCAGAGAUUGAAUGAAAUGGUAUCUGGCGAUUUAAUUUAUCCUCUAUAGGAAUUGCUCAAUGCUGAUGAGGAGGGGAUGUUUGCGAAAAACAUGCGUGGG